AUGCAGGAGUUUGUGAUGGUAGCUAGACAGUUAUGGCUGAGAAGAAAUUCCUUUAUCUACAAAAACAUAUUCCUACCUCCAAACUGUCUACUCAGAGAAACCAGUUUGAAACUACAGCUGCUAAAAGAAGAGAAGGACAAGAAUCAGAUACAAAAGAAGGGCCAACAGACACAGAAUUCAGCUGAGGCGUGGCAGAGUCCACCUGCAAACUGGUUUAAAGUCAAUUGGGAUGGGGCGGUAGACAAAGCAAAAUGCUUGAUUGGCAUAGGUGUAGUUGUAAGGGAUGAGAAAGGUCAGAUCAUAGCUACAAUGAGGCACAAGAAGAUGCAGCUCCCCGACCCUCUACUAACAGAAUCCUAUGGGGCUUUAAUAGCUGUUCGUUUUGCCAAGGAUCUGGGACUGACACAGAUCGAAUUGGAGGGUGACUCACUCCUGGUAACAAAGGCACUACAGGAAGAAAAUGAAGCAUGGAGCAGUACUAGCAUGUUUAUCUGUGAGACUAGAACAUGGCUUAAAACUUUUGCAAUGUGGCGUGUUUCUCAUGUUAGGAGAAACGGUAACAACAUAGCCCAUUUGUUAGCAAAAGGUUCUCUUAGCAUUUCUGAUGACUUUAAUGUAACAAUGGAGGACAUUCCUCAGUGUAUUUCUCCUUUAGUUCAAUGA